GGCGGCUUGGUGUUCAGCAGUGGCAAAUAUGCUUGCGAACCUCAGGAGUCUUCCGUAUUGCAGGCGCUGCGUUCUCCUACAGUCUGCGGCGGCUUUCGUGCAGGCAGCUGCGACCAAAGGUCACAUUGAGGCGGGCGGACAGGUUCUCCGCCUUGCGCACAACAGCAGUCGCAGCGGCAGCGGCCUUGCAGGGUUUGGCGGUAGCUGGGGCGUCUCCGCUGCUUGCGACCAACCACGGCGCAGCUCUACACUCACCGCUCGGGCUUUGGGCUCUGCCAGCAUGAAGGACGAUGGAACUAGCGCGGCCAAGGAGGAACAGGCGGUAGCAGCGGAGCCGGCGGCGGCGGCGCCGCGGGGUCGCGGCCGCAAGACGCCGGCCGGCGCGGGCGCUGAGGGCGCAGCAGCUACAGCCAAGAAGUCGCCUGCCAAGGGCCGCGGCAAGAAGGCUGCAGCGGCCAAGGAGCCGGAGCCGGAAAGCGAAGAGGCUGCUGCUUCGGAGGGCACCGCGGAGGGCGCCUCAGAGGAGGCAGCACCCAAGCGCGCAGCCAAGCGCGCCAAGACCGGUGCCAAGACCAAGACCGACGCGGCGGGUGGCGAGGAAGAGGCACAGCCCAAGCCGGCGCGCAAGGCCAGGGCAACGCCAGCGGCCAAGGAGGCAGGGGCCGAAGCGGGCGCUCAAGCCAAGCCCAAGGCAAAGCGCGGCGCGAAGGAGCCGGCCGCAGACCUGGUUCAGUACACUGCCGCACUACGCAAGCCGGCGCCGCCCGCCGGCAGCACCCCCCUCAACAUCCUCAGCUGGAAUGUGGCGGGGCUGAGGGCGCUGCUGAAGAAGACUCCGGAUGCGGUGUCCUCGCUGGUGUCGCGCGAGGCCGCCGAGGUGGUGUGCCUGCAGGAGCACAAGCUGCAGGCCAACCACCAGAAGGAGGUGGAGGAGCUGCUGGGGCUGCAGGGCUGGCACCACGCCUGGGCCUUCUCCACCGCCAAGCUGGGCUACAGCGGCGUGUCGGUGCACACGCGCAGCCCGCCCCUGUCGGUGGUGGUGGGGCUGGGGCACGGCGGCCCCGGCGCCGCCGACCCCGACCCGGAGCACGAGGGCGAGGGGCGUGUGGUGACGGUGGAGCUGGAGGGGCUGUUCCUGGUGAACGUGUACGUGCCCAACAGCGGAGAGGGCCUGAAGCGGCUGGAUUACCGGGUGGGGCGCUGGGACGGCGCCUUCGCAGCCUUCCUGCAGGGCCUGCAGGCGCGCGGCAAGCCGGUGGUGGUGACGGGCGACCUCAACUGCGCGCACAAGGAGAUUGACAUACACGCGCCCAAGACCAACCUUAAGAGCGCCGGCUUCACGCCGGAGGAGCGCGAGUCGUUCGGGCGGCUGCUGCUGGCGGAGGCGGGGCUGGCGGACACGUUCCGGCGCCUGUACCCCGACACAGUGGCCUACACCUACUUCACACGGCGCUUCAACUGCCGGGAGAAGAACAAGGGCUGGCGGUUGGACUACUUCCUCACAUCCGAGUCCAUGAUGCCGCCGGAGCUCCAGCAGGGCGGCGAGGGUGCAGCGGCAGCGGCGGGACCGGCCAGCGCCUGGGCGGUGUACGACACGUGGAUCAUGCAGGACGUGUACGGCAGCGACCACCUGCCGCUGGGGCUCACGUGCGUCAGAAAGGCGGCGGCGUGAUGGGGCUGAGAGGUACCGUGCGACGCGGCACUGGACAGGCGGGUCGGUGAGGAUGGAUGGUUGAGUUGUACGUUGGGGGGG